AUGGGCAAGCUCAACUACUUUGGCCUCAGAGGCAAGAGCCUUAAUUGGGCCAUCAGCAUCAUCGCAGGAUGCGACUUCUUGCUUUUCGGAUACGACCAGGGUGUCACUGGUGGUAUUCUCACUCUCCCUGCCUUCCAGUCCCAGUUCCCUACCAUCAACCCCGAUGAGGUCGGCCUCGACCCGAGCAUCAAGAGCACGCGCUCUACCAACCAGGGUAUUGCCGUCGCCUCUUACAACCUAGGCUGCUUCCUCGGCGCUAUCAUCACUAUCUUCAUCGGAAACCCUCUUGGUCGCAAGCGCAUGAUUAUCCUCGGUACCGCCAUCAUGAUUGUUGGAGCUGCUCUCCAGGCCUCUGCUUUCUCCAUCGAGCACCUCAUCAUCGGACGCAUCAUCACUGGGCUGGGAAACGGCGGCAACACAUCAACAGUCCCUACCUGGCAGUCUGAGACUUGCUCGUCUCACAAGCGCGGAAAGCUCGUGAUGAUUGAGGGCGCCCUCAUCAGCGGUGGUAUCAUGAUCUCGUACUGGAUCGAUCUCGGCAUGUCUUUCGCCCCCGGCUCCGUCGCAUGGCGGUUCCCCCUGGCUCUGCAAAUCUUCUUCUGCAUCUUCAUCCUGGCGUUUGUCUGGAACCUGCCCGAGUCUCCUCGCUGGCUGAUCCUCAAGAACCGCGACCAGGAGGCCAAGGAAGUCAUUGCUGCCAUCGCCAAUCUGCCCGAGGACGACGACUACUGCAAGAACGAGUACAUUGUGAUGAAGGAGACCGUUGAGGAGAUGUCCAAGGGUAGCUUCCGCGACCUCUUCACCAUGGACAAGAACCGCAACUUCCACCGCGCCUGCCUCGGGUACGUCAACCAGAUGUUCCAGCAGAUUUGCGGUAUCAACCUCAUCACCUACUAUGCCGCCGUCAUCUAUUCCAACCUCGGAAUGACCCGUUUCAUGUCCCACUUGCUUGCUGCUCUCAACGGAACCGAGUACUUCAUUGCUUCUUGGCCCGCCGUCUUCCUCGUUGAGCGCGUUGGUCGCCGCAAGCUCAUGCUUUUCGGUGCCGUCGGUCAGGCUGCUACCAUGGCUAUCCUCGCCGGCGUGAACUCCCAAAAGGAUAACUACGCUUGCCAGAUUACUGGAAUUGUCUUCCUCUUCGUCUUCAACACCUUCUUCGCCAUUGGCUGGCUCGGCAUGACCUGGCUCUACCCCGCCGAGAUCGUUCCCCUGCGUAUUCGCGCCCCUGCGAACGCUCUUUCCACCUCUGCCAACUGGAUCUUCAACUUCAUGGUCGUCAUGAUUACUCCCGUUGCCUUCGACUCCAUUAAGCACCACACCUACACCAUCUUCGCCAUUAUCAACGCCAUCAUUGUCCCCGUCACCUACUUCUUCUUCCCUGAGACCGCGUACCGCUCCCUAGAGGAGAUGGACUCCAUCUUCGCCAAGGCGUCUCCCGGGCUCAAGGGCGCCUUCGAUGUCGUCGACGUCGCUCGCCAGGAGCCCCAUCGCUAUGGCAAGAACGGCGAGCUGCUCAUCAACUAUGACGACGUCAAGGAGACUGGGCACGUUACCACCCGCGAGAACCGUCGCGAGGGCAGCACCAGCAGCGGCGAGCCCAACGGCCUGUGGCAGCGCCAGGACGAGGAGACGCAGAACGUUGAGAAGGAAGAGAAGUCUUAG